CAAAGCAGCACCAUUGUGAAAAAAGAAUCUCACAAAAUUGACAACAGAGUGAAGAGAGACAAAAAAAUGGGUCGAGCCACAAGAUGGUUCAGGGGUUUAUUCAGAAUCAAACCUUCCUCAUGUUCCGGCUCCGGCACCAUUUCUAACCGCAUUGACCGCUCUUCACUCGCUGGAGUGUCUCUCUGCGACAGCUACGAGACCAUACCUCCCAAUAUUUCCGAGAGAGAAGCUGCGUGGCUAAGGUCGUUCUACGCGGCAGGGGAGGAGGAGAUAGAGCGUCGAGCGCAUGCAGUUGCGGUUGCUGCUGCCACAGCUGCUGCAGCUGACGCAGCUGUUGCGGCGGCUAAAGCUGCGGCUGCGGUUGUUAGACUCACGGGUCAAGGGAAGAGUGGUCCGCUAGGUGUUGGAAACAGCCGUGAGAAUCGUGCGGCUAUGCAGAUCCAAUGUACCUUUAGAGGCUACUUGGCGAGAAAAGCGUUGAGAGCAUUGAAAGGAGUGGUGAAGAUACAAGCGUUAGUGAGAGGUUUUUUGGUACGGAAGCAAGCGGCGGCGACUCUCCGGAGUAUGGAGGCUCUUGUUAGAGCUCAGGCCACUGUUAAGUUUCAGAGAGCUCUCCGCCGUAUCGGAAACAGUGCUCCGGCAAGAAAGUCCACGGAAAGAUUCUCUGGGUCUCUAGAAAACCGAAACAACGGCGAAGAGACAGCUAAAAUAGUAGAGGUAGAUACAGGGAUCCGACCCGGACACUAUAGAAUCCGAGUACCCGUUUUAUCAGGUUCAAAUUUUCUAGACAACCCGUUUAGACGCACGCUCUCUUCACCGCUCUCUGGCCGUGUCCCACCGCGUUUAUCAAUGCCUAAACCGGAAUGGGAGGACUGCAGCAGUAAAUUCCCGACGGCGCAAAGCACACCUCGUUACGCCGGAGGGUCUCCGACAAGAAGCGUGUGCUGCUCUGGCGGAGGAGUAGAAGCUGAAGCUGAGGCUGAUGUGGAUGCUCACCAGUUGUGUUUCUUGUCGGGAGAGUUUCAUUCGAACGUUAUGGCAGAUACAACUUCUUUUAGGGGGAGACUGAGGUCGCAUAGCGCGCCGAGACAGAGGCCGGGGAUUAAUGCGGCCGGGAGCGGAUGGAGGAGGAGUGUUGGUGGAAAUGGCGGUGUUCGGGGGCAGAGACCGUCAUGUUCUGGUGUCCGAGAGGCUGUGGUGGGGAAUAUCGAAAGACAUAGGGCUCAUUGGUGACUCUCGUUCCAAUGAUUCCUGUCUUUUUAGUCUUCGUUCAUUUGUUUAAAAUUGUUCUUUUAGUAGAAUAUUAAUUAUUAGUAUCCAUUUUGUAAUAUCUACCCAAUGAAACCAUCGUCUUUUCUUAUCCGGUGUAUAUACUAUUAGGUUCAGUUUUGA